CUUCCUGUUGUUGUCGUCUACAAGUGUUUUAUUUACCAAACACUGCCCAUCUCGCCCACGAAGAUGACUCUGUCCUUUCACCAAACUCUGACACUCAUCUUUUACCUAGUAUCUUGCUCAUUACAACCAUUACUAUCAAUCAAUUAUUCCUAAUCGGCCACCCGUCCAGCAACAACAUCAUCAUGACCACCCCCUCAACCUCUUGCUGCUGCUGCCACAUUGUUCCUCCACACCUUCUCCGGGCCAUUGCCAAUUCGGAAGAGGUCUCCGAGACAACUAGACAAGCUGCAAAGGCCUCUCUCGAAUCGCGUGACAAGUACUCCUCCAAGCGCAAAGAGCUUUUUGAUCGACUCACUCGCCCCCGUGGCUACAGGACGCCGCAGGGGUCACCGUCCGCCUCCCGCCGCAGAAGCAUCAUUCCCGAUACGCUCCUUCGACAUCUUGCCCACUCCUCCCACCUUGAUGAUGAAGGACGCGCUCGUGCGAAGCGCGACCUCGACCACCUCACACAGGUCUUGCAGGGUGUUGGCACUGCCCAUACGUCCGAGCAGGUGCCACUCGCAGAUGGCCAAAAGAACGAGGUCAAGGACCGUGCAUCUCGUGCUGUUUACGACGCCGAGAACAAUUUCGAUGAGUAUGAACUCCCCGGGAAGCUCGUCCGCUCCGAGGGCGAGCCCAACACUGGGGAUGAGGCUGUCGACGAGGCGUACAAAAACAUCGGCACCGUACUCGACUUAUACAAAGAGCAUUUCAAUUGGAUGUCCAUCGACAAUGAAAGCGCGGAUGUGAUCAGCACCGUUCACUUUGGCGAAAAUUAUGAAAAUGCUUUCUGGGACCCCGAGCGCAGGCAGAUGGUCUUUGGCGAUGGUGACGAGUUCCUGAACAAUUUCACCGGAUGUAUCGAUGUCAUCGGGCACGAGCUGACCCACGCCGUCACCGAGCAUACGGCACCCCUGAAUUACUGGGGCAUGUCAGGUGCUCUCAACGAGCAUAUAUCCGAUGUGUUUGGCAUCAUGGUGAAGCAGAAAGUCCAGAACGAGACAGCUGCUGACGCAGAUUGGCUGAUCGGAGAGGACUGUAUCAUGCCCGGCGCCAAGGGUACAGCGCUCAGGAGCAUGAAGGCACCAGGAACGGCAUACAAUGACGCACGAUUUGGAAAAGAUCCACAAGUCGGACACAUGAAGUCCUGGUACAUCAUGGCCGAUGACAACGGUGGCGUUCACAUCUUCUCGGGCAUUCCAAACAAAGCAUUCCAGCUGGCGGCUGUCUCCUUGGGGGGGUACUCAUGGGAGAAGGCCGGUCAGAUCUGGUGGAAGACCAUGAACAGCGGCCGGAUCCCACCGAACUGCACCUUCAGGCAGUUCGCAGACGUGACCAUUGAGGUAGCCGAGGAUUUUGGGAGGGAUGCGCCGGCCAAGGUGAAGAAGGCGUGGGCAGCCGUAGGCGUGAUGGACAAGGUGCGUCGGGCGCCAGGCAGGUGUACCGGCCUGUAAGGGGUCGAGUCGGCUCUUGAACCUAUGAUAGAAGUCUCCCUAUAGAACCUACAAUACAUC